AUGGUUAAUACCAGUGCCUGUACCGCGGAGCACCGGCUCUUGCAGCGUUUACAAUACAUUCCGGAGACCAGGACCCAAAAGUUUCGCUCCUUGACACAAAACACCAGCAGCAGCAGCACUAGCAAAAACACCUCUUCAUGCUUCGGUCUUGGUCGUUUAUCUCUCGCCAAGCUCUGGCUAUUGAGUGUCCUUCUGCUUGUUACCAUUGCCGCCAGCAGUUGGCCCACGGGGACAUCAGCAGCCCCAAGAGUAGCUCGUGGAUUACAUCUGAACUUGCCACAUCGCCAUAGCUCAACGGAGCCAGCUCCUUCUUCAACUCCUUCUACAUCAGCAUCAACACCAACAUCUGUCCACGUGCAUCGGAGGAGCGUGAGGAAAGCUAAGGAGCCCCAAUUCCUGCUUAUGAACCAAACCAAGGGAGUGACCAGCUGCAAAAGUAUGAAGGUCAAUACCUCAAAAGUGGCUAAGCUCAGAGAUGCGCUAAUGUUUGCCCAGGACCACAAGGACUCUGUGAUCUGUACUACCGAAGAUUGGCUCCAGAACUUUUAUAAGGAGAGCAGCAUUGGCAUAGCAAUGAAUAACGUUAAGGGUUGUAUUGAUCUAGAGCAUCCGCUCAAGGAUCGGGUCAGCAAGGUGAAUUUUACCGCUGAGGGAAAGUUUGUGUACAAGGGAGCCGUUGGCAGCCUCGAGGAGGAGAUGCCCAAGAUUGUGGAGACCCUGUUUGUGUUGCAUACUCUGUUGAAUACAACAGAAUACAUCGAUAAUCAUAAAGAAUGCACCUUCAGGCACAUCUUGAAUUCAGUGCGGAUCACCAGAAACUGGGCCGUGGAAUUGAUGGAGCAGCAACAGUGCAAUGCCAAAGAGGUGAUACACUACCACAAAAAUAUUCCGCGGCUGCCCUUCUUCAUUGCCUUGGAGACCAUCAAGGUCCUGACCGUUCUGGAGUACACCUACGAGCAGCUGGUGAACAACAUGCUCAAGGGUUGA